AUGGGGGAAACGUCUACUGGGUCGAAAUAUUGGGUUCCUAGUGUAGACGUAAAAUAUAAACCUAAGGUUGGUGAUUCUUUUGAGUCUGUAGAAUCGGCUGAGAAAAUGUAUCGGAAAUAUGCCAAUGAAGCUGGGUUUGAUGUACGUUUAUCUAACAAGAAGAUAAAUAAGCUUGGUCGUAUCACAUCCCGAUUUUAUGUGUGUAGUAAGGAAGGGAGGCCCCAAAGUAAGUAUUUUGAUUCCUUAGAUGUUCUUCCAGGUGGUCGUACAAUCCGAAAUUCAAAUAUCAAGCGUUCCGGUUGUGGAGCAUGUUUAAAAAUUCACCUUGUUAAUGAACCGAACCAAUACGAAGUUUACAAUUCAAAGGUUGGCAUCACCAAAUCUCAUAGAUUUAUGAAAGCCGUUAAGGGUGUUGUAGAUUCAUCGGGUGGCACUGUAAGAGAUCAUCAAAACUUCAAACGCGAUAUGRCAUAUUUUGUUGGCAAUAAAGACGCACAAAUGUUAUUAAAUGUGAUGGAUAAUAGGAGGAAGGUUUGUCCUGAGUUUUUUUUCGAGUACAAGUGUGAUGACAAGGAGUUGUUAGCAAUCUUUUGGGCUGAUGAGACUGCACGAUCAAAUUAUAGGGAAUUUGGCGAUGCAAUAUCAUUUGAUGCAACGUUUAGAACCAACAAGCAUGCUAUGAUAUUUGUUCCGUUCGUUGCAAUUGACAAUCAUAAGAAAUCYGUUGUUGUUGGAGCUGCAUUGAUUCAUAAUGAAUCUGUGGUUGAUUACACAUGGGUACUAAAAGCGUUUCUAAAAGCACAUGGACGUCAACCACGUUUCGUUAUCACCGACCAAUGUGCGUCGAUGAAACAAGCAAUUCCCAUUGCAUUUCCUGAAUCCAGGCAUAGAUUGUGUAUGUGGCAUAUCACUAAAAAGGUGAAAUCRAAGAUUAGUAAUCACCUCCAACACCGCACGCAGUUCGUUAGCGAAUUCAAUAAGUUGGUGUGGAACGUUCACCUUGGUCCUAAUGAAUUUGAGAUGCAAUGGAACAAUCUGAUCGAUUUUUAUGGAUUACGUGGAGAUCCAUGGUUUGAUGAUUUGUACAAUAUUAGGGAGUCGUGGAUUCUGGCAUACUAUAAGGAUUUUCACAUGUCAGGCCUAAUGAAAACAACAUCCAGGUCGGAGAGCAUCAAUGCGUUUUUUAAUGUUUAUGCACAUUUUUGGCAUGAUCUUGUUGUUUUUCUCCGUUCUUUUGAUAAUGCAAUUGAAAGUCAACGGGCAACACAUGGGUCACUAGAGGUGACAACGAAAAGCACGAUUCCUCGACUGGUGUCCCCUUGCAAGUUGGAAGCUCAUGCAGCAGAGGUUUAUACACGRACUAUAUUUUUCGAAAUUCAGAAAGAGUUAAGAAAGGCUGUUUGGCUUUGUGGCUGGGAUGGAUUCACUGACAAUGGUGAAACCAGAGUGUACAUCAUUACUCACAAGAACAAGGCUUCGAAGGUCACAACAAAAUACACGGUGAUGUUAAAUGAUGAGGUUGACAGAAUUCCCGAUAAAUAUAUACUACGUCGUUGGCGACGCGAUCUAGUUCCCGUGGAGUGGUUACCAGCAMGUUUCAGAUAUGGUGAAGUUGAUGCAGAGAAAGAGAGAUUGAUGAGCUUGGCUUAUUCAUAUUUUGAACGUAUCUUAGGUAGAGUCCGAAAUGAAAAAGACAUUUUGACAAGAUUUGUUGACCAACUCGAACAAUGGGAUUCAAAGGUUGACAUUGAACUUCCUUUACAGUCUCACACUGAAGAGACCACAGCGUCUAUUAAAGAGUUUCUUGGAGUAUCUCAACCCGAAACUGUUGAUGUUCUUCCUCCCACCGGUAUUCGAAACAAAGGUUGUGGAACUGGUAAGAGACUUAUUAGCGCUGCAGAGAAAGCAAUUUCAAACAGAAAAAAACAAAAGAGAAAGUGUCGACUAUGUGGUCAGAUGGCUACACAUGAUUCUCGGAAUUGUCCGAAGCGUGAUUACAUUUAA